UAGGCGCGAUACCGCGAGUGCUACAGAUUAAAGUGAUCGUCCUAGUCCACAUCUUUUAUAUUUUUCUACUUUUAUAUAUAUCUAAUUGUAUAGUUUGUUUGUUUUAUCGAUCUAGACAGUUUUUCUCAUCGUUUUGAUACGCUUCUGGAAUUUCGUAUCGGCUAAGAAACUCACAAGAACUGAAAAAUCACGUACCUUAAUUUCGAAGAAGAGUAGAAGAAACAAAAUCAAUCUCGUCGAGACUUCAAUGCUUAACUAAAGUCUUUAACGAAAUCGGAGGAAAGACAAAAAGCAAAAAAAAAAGUGAAAGAAUCAUCGCCAAAAUGCAUAUAGAAGUACAAGUAGCGCUGAACUUCGUAAUAUCGUAUCUGUAUAAUAAACUCCCUAGGAGACGCGUGAACAUAUUCGGCGAAGAGUUGGAAAAAGCUUUAAAAGACAAAUUCCAGGGACAUUGGUAUCCCGAUAAACCGUUCAAAGGAUCGGCCUUCAGGUGUUUAAAAACGGGCGAUCCUAUCGAUAAGGUGCUAGAAAGAGCAGCCCGCGAAAGCGGAGUGCCGAUCCAGGAUAUCCUGGAAAAUCUGCCGCAAGAACUGGCCGUAUGGGUCGAUCCCGGUGAAGUUAGUUACCGCAUCGGCGAAAAGGGGGCUGUGAAAAUCCUGUUCAGCGACAAAAUUGACCCGCAGGAGGAUCAUUCUGCUGACAGAGAGGUAACGAAGACUUUUAACCCUGAGGCCCAAUGCUUCAGACCAAUUGAAUCUGUGAGCUGCAGCUUAAACAAUUUGAGCCUGUCGCCAAAAUCUAUAACGCCAUUUUCUGGAAACAAUCAAGGAAACGCUGUCGGUUCACAGUUGCAGGCCAACGCGGUACAGCAGAACGGUAACCAACCGAUACCUAACAAUCAACAUAUGCCGUCUCCAUCGUCGGCACCUUCACCCACAUCCAUGGGCAAUUCCUUUAAGGGUUCCCCUUCGCCCGUACCAGCAUUCAUACCUCGAACAACAACACCGCUUACAUUCACCACCGCAACGUUUGCUCAAACCAAGUUCGGGAGCACCAAGCUAAAAACCAGCAGCAAGAGAGCGAACAGAAUGUCGCCAACCGAAUUCUCAAACUACAUCAAGCAACGCGCCAUGCAACAGCAACUGCACCAACAGCCCCCCCAUCAUUCCCCCGGCGGCAGGGCUCUCUCCCCCGACCCCUCCGCAUUCUAUUUCCCGCCCCACGGACACUACCCUCCGCAGUUUCCGCCCCGAUCAGUUUUCGAGUCUUCCAACCAAUUCCUCAGCCCCGAUCUGUACCCCACCGGCAAACUGCCGUUCGAGCCCUCCCCUCUCGGACCAUAUUACCCGAACAACGGGGGCGUAAGUGUUACCCCAUCCACACCAAACACACCACAAGACAACGGAAAGCUGAUGGACAACAAUUGGCCGUACGCGGCUUCCGGUCAGUAUCAGCACCUCUUGGUGGCCAACUGAGGCUCCUCAUAGGCUAAGGAUCUUUCCAAAAAGGGUACACACUUACAGCCUAGCGAUUCUAUUGUCUUCUUUCUCGGUCACGGUUCUGUUUCAAAGAACACCACACCAGAUAGAGCUCUAUGAGUAUAUAGGGAUACGACAACCAAAGAUUGAUCUUAACAAGAAUUGCUGGCGAUUCUAUGACUCGUUUCGUUUGGGGUAGCGUUGCACUGUGUCUUUUACGUUUUAGUCCUUGUUUUAUUUUAAUAUUUUGCUCCUUUUGCAGUUAACGCGAUAAAAUCGGGGUUUCGGCUAAAAGUGAAACACGUUUGCGAUUUUUUACCUUCGACUUGCAUCAUUCUUUAGUCCAGGGUUAGUGUUAUCGGAAUUUUACGAACUUGAAAGCACGCUUCAUUGCGCAAAUUUGUCUCGGCCGGGUAGCAUUGCCUCUCCGAUAUUCUAACAAGCUUUUUCAUAGCGCAAAAUCAUUAAGGCUUAAUAACGACGCUGACCUUAGACAUUUAAUUGAGGACCGCGUCACAGCUAACAGUUUUAAACAAUCCAAUUGUAACAAUUCCGCUUACCAUCUCGUUUAAUUAUUUGUUUCGCAGCGUUCAAAAUUUGCCAAACAAAUUGAAGUGUUUCAUUUUUGGUUGAAAUGACUUUUGAGCAAACAAACACCUGAGAAUAAGGACUGAAACUGUUGCUUUCGGUAACCUGGAUUUAUAAAAUAAGACAAGGAAGAGAAGCGACCCGUGCAAACUUUUUAUACUCGGAUCAUCUUUUGUUGGUGGAAUAUCCUUAGUUUUAUAAACAGUUCCUAAUUUUUAAUUUUAUACUUGCUUAAAAAUUAAUUUUUGUAGCGUAACAAAAAAUGAGUAAAUUGUAAAUAAGUAGUGAUAAGUUUUUUGAAUAAAGUUCCAGAGUAAACGUAUGGAACAGUGAUCUCUCUAAUGUUAAAAUAAUUUGUAAAUAUGUAACUUAUAUUAUUUAUACAUACAUAUAAAUAUUUUUGUAGCAAAAACUAGUAUUUUCACCGACGAGUCCGUUACAAUGAGAGACGAAAUAUAUUUUUCUUAAAAACUUUUAACUUUCUUAUGAAUUCGGUUGUUAGUGAGAUGCCCUGUUGUUCUAUAGAAUAUCAGUUUGUGAAUUGAUUUCCCUUGCAGCGCACGUUGCUUGUUAAAUCGAAAAAGACGGUAGAAUCGCUUCAAUUGAACCAUAAACUUAUAUAUAUAUACAUAUAAAAAAAAGAUCCCAGCUUGAUAUACUUUUUAGAUUUUUAUAAAAGUAGGUCGUAGACUUUAUAGAUGUUUCUUACUUUAUAUAUGGUGUUUACAGUAUUCAUGUAGAUUAGAGUGUUUUUCCUAAAACUUUUAUAUUGUAUAUGUAUUUUUUUAUUUUUGUAUAAGAAGCUCAAGCUGUCGUCUAGUCCCAUAAACUCGUUCUACAUGUAUUCAAUAAGUGUUGGCAUAUCAUGUUCGGGGUCACAUUCUGAAAACAAAACGAUAAGGACGAAGCCAAGUUCAUGACUACUUUUGCGUUUUGCUAUUAUCGUGAAAUACGGACGAAAGUUCCCCGCGUCGACGCAAUAUGAUCUGUUUUAGGAUUGUGAUAUUCUUUUAUCUAUUUUUAUAAAAAAAAAAACGCAAACGUGGUCCCAAAACGCGCAUGCGUGCAUGAACGCGGCUUUAGUAUUUCAGUAUUGCAUGAUGCUACUACCCAGUGGGUUCUAGAUGCUUCCUUUUUGAAUUUAAGAGAUAUGCAAUUUUUUACUGCUUGAUUUUUUUUGUUACUUUUUCACCGAUUUUAUUUUUUAUUUGUAUGACUUGUUGAAUUUUAAUGAUAAUAUAUAUUUUGUUAUGAGCUGUUGGUUUCAUUGCACUUCUUUUUGUCUUGCGUACCUGACGUUGUAAUGAUAUCAUUCUAGAUCAAUUGCUAUUUUUUACAUACUACUAGCGAAUGUGUUGUUGAUGUUGAAUAGUCUACAAGUUCUUUUCAACGAAAAAAAUCAAAAUUUCUCUUUAAAAAACGCUUAACCCCCAACGCCGACUUUUACAGUUUCACCGCCAAAAUAUGUUCAGUUCUCCAUUGAUAAUAACAAAACGCCAGUUCACAAUUAAUUUGUUUAGAUACUGUUUUAUAGAGUGAUUCAUUAAUAAAUAAUGUAUUUAAAUUGUAGAAUCCUGAGCUCAGAUAAUAAUAUUUAACGCAAAUCAUUUAGAUGUGUGGUGUUUUAUUAAAAAGUAGUACUGGCGGAAAGGUUAGCGACUUCAAACUCUAAUAGACUAUGCUAAACAACGUUUCUGGCUAGGAGACGGGUAAGUGGUUGGUUGACCGCCCCAUAUUUUACGCCACUGACGGAGUUGCCAUAUUAGUACAUUUUUUGAUGCUCUAAUUCUUUAUCUCUAUAUCACAUACUUUUCCCUUUCAACGAUAAAAAGAUUAUUUUUCGAGAUACUUAAAGCUGCACAAUUACAUUGGUUUCAAUGCUUACAGAGUUUAUCAGAGUUUUUUAGCCUUAAUAUUGCAAAAUAAUCCGAAUUGUGAUCUAAAAAUAACUAUUUUAAUGCAAUGUAAAUGAAAGGGUGUUUGCAAUAACACAAUGUUAAAAUUUUGAGCACAGGAUUCUCAAUAAAAUAAAGCUAAUUAUUAACGAAUCAUCCUGUAUAUAGGGAUAAUUGUCUGAGGUAUUUUGUUAUAGUAAUUUUUUCAUCAUGAACUUGUUAUUGGGACCCUCAGUUUUAGCCAUUAAACAAAAUAAAAUUUAAAAACAUCAGAACUUCCUUCAUAUUGCGUUUGAUCAAUUGAUGUGAAAGAAAAAGGCACUUUCCAUUGUUCAAUGAUCACAAACAACUCAAUAUUGUUCACUUUUAAAUUUGAAAGCUAAAAACUGGUCGUUAAAAAUGUUACUGGGCAGCAGUAAAAAUGUUAUUUAAUAUUUUAUGCCACUUAAAUGAAAUACAAUUGUCGUGCAUAUCUAAAGUUAUAAAUAAUACAAUUUCGAUGCACAAUAAAUUCUGAUAAUCUUUUUAACGAUGUAUUCUAGCGGGAUUUAUAAUUUACCACGAAAAUUUAUUGUGCUAAACGAUUACGCUUAACCGUGUGAAAUUUGUAAAAGAUCUGUCGUUGAGGAAUUCUCAAAUAAGGAUUGAAUCUCUGCUGGGCGAGAUUUUUUUUGGUUGCGGACAUCAAUAUUAUUGUUAAACACCAUUCAAAAUUUCGUUGAGCAGUUGUAAGGUUAUUCCAAAAUAAAUGUGAUUGAUAUGCUUUAGAUCGUUUCCGAGUGAUUAGGAAAAUUGUGAAUUGGACAAGUAUAGGUAAUAACUAGGAAAUAAAGUGAGGCAAAAAAUGGCACGUGUGUAGCAUGGAUACAUACAAUGCAUGUUUGUAGCUAGAAGAAUAAAAUGCCAGAUUGAACGUUCCUAUAAGGAACUCCGCUAGCUAGUGCUAUACUCUGAGCACAUAAAAUUAGAUGCGAGAGAGUUGAGAUGUGACAUUCAAAAAAAGUGCAAAGCUCCAAUUUUUUUUUAUUUUGAAGUUAAGCAAAUAAAAGUUCAGAAUUCUAAGAGUUAAAUAUUGUAACAGUAGUGAUGGCAAAAUUCCACUUUACAACUUGAAUGUCAGAUUCUUCAAACUGCCUCAGCAUUCGUCAAAAUUGACGCGUGAUUUUAGAAAAAGAGGUCUAGAUAGGUUCACGCCUUCUGAUAACGGGUGGUACGGACAAGCACAGAAAACUCGUUACCUGAAUGUCUCUGGUUUGGUGCAAAAGUACUUUGAUAUUUUUUUCGAGAAUGUUUACCGAUUAAAAUUUUUUUCAAAAAAAAUACUAAAAUACUACCUAUCCAACCAGUCGCAGGCUACAAAAUGUACAUGAUUCUUAGUAAUUACUCUUAAUAGAUUAACUCAAUUAUUUUAUAUACUUGCUUGUAUGUAUUUCGCAUUAUGUACUAAAGUGUGUAUAUAAAAUAACCCAUAGAAUUUUGUGGUUUAUAUAAAAAUAUGUGUAUCCCUGUAACCGAGUAUCUUCAUUCGGCCAUGUGCUGCACGUUUGUUCUAAUUUUGAGUGUUGGUUCAUUUCCCGAAAUGGUGAUGUAGGUCCAACGAAGCAAGAAAUUUACCAUUCAGUUUGCUUAUGUCUUAGAGGAAAUUUUUUUCGUGAGUUCAUGGUCCUAAUUUUUUUUAACUAAUCUAAGAACCAAAACCAAAAAUUCAUUGAUGAUUAGUAAAUGGCGGAGUUUAGCUAAAUCAUUAGGUUUAAUUCGGUUUUAGUAUGAUAAAUACUUAUUCGUUUGUCUUCGACCUGAGAAUAUUUAAAUCGCUGACUGACCAGCGAAUAAUGUUAUGAUUAUAUAUUAUAUAUACCUUCGGCUCUACAAACGAAUCAGCAUUUAGUACGAAUAUAUAAGCAUUGCCAAUCUUGACAAUUCUACAGACAAACACGCAUUACUAAUCUAACAUUGGUUACAACCUUUUCUUCUAUGUUAACCUAAUAUUUUACACCCAAACGGAAUCUCUGUAGUUGUGCAGGGAAUAGUCGAACGGUUUUUAUAUGUUGAGCACUGAAGAAAUGUUAAUUUGAUAAGUUAAACGAAUACGGAAUAACUCUUGAAUGGGACUGGCGCCCAGAAGGAAUGUGAUGGGUCCUUUCUACUAUCGUAGCAAAAAAUAAACUAGGGUGUAGAUAGAGAUGCCUUGUGACGGGCAAAAGAUCCCAAAUUAUAAGGAAAUGGGCCUAUUAUAUGUAUGUAUGUCACAAUUUGUGUUAGUUUGUUACAUCUCUUUACUGAAGAAUCGUAAUUCGUAGUUUACCACCUUAACUAUAAUAUUAUUCAAUAUGUAUUUAUAGUGAGAACGGUUUUUCCAUCCCGUUAUAAAAUAAGUAAGAAUAUGUGUAUAAUAAUAGUCUAUAAUUUUUCAUAUUGUUGUACGAUUUUUAAGUUUAUAUUAAAAUGUU